AUGGCGGCACAGGCACUUCUAAUGAGAGAAUUAACUCGCUUAGGGCCAACGGGGCGCACGACUAUGAUAAAAAACUGGGCUCUUUUCUUGCCACUUUCUUUGGAUCCAACUCUUUCAAUAUUUGGAGCUAGGACUUUGGCAGCUUCCACGAAUGCGGGACCAUCACCUUCGGCUGGAGCAAACUCUCAGCCGCCACCUGUGCCUCCUCGUGGAAAAAAUAUUCCUCUUCCUAACGCUGUUGUUCAAGAUGACCCAACAUCGGAUUAUACUAUCGGGGUUCAACAAAUCAGAAGGAAUCAGGCUACUGCAAUUAUUUUGCUUGGCGUUGUUGCUGCUGAGUUUCCUGAAGAAAUGAACAAGAUGGAGCUUUCACGAACUACAGCUUUGUGUUUAUUGGAAUUACUGAUUUCUCCGUCAACUGAUCUGCUCCCUUUGGUCUCUCCACUACGUCGCGCUGCAAUAGAUCUAAUAGGUCGAGGUUUUGCCGUGUACCAGCCUCAUCUCGAUAUUAGUAAGGUUUUGCUAGGAUUGUUGGAUCUUGCUGCAAGCAACGAAAAGUAUCCAUCUGAAGACGGUCCAGUAGUUUCCCCAGCUGUAGAUGCUUGUCGCACAGCGCGUCAUGCUUUAGAUUUGAUCGCAACAAUUCGACCUCCAGCACUCAUUACUGCUCUUAGCAAAGAACUACUUCUGACAAGAAAAGCUAUGUUAAUGUACUCAAAAAACUUUUUGAGAAAAUGUUCAAGCAUCCAUGUCGGUGAAAUACUUGUUCAUUGUCUGGAUACAUCCUUGCUAAAACAUAAAUCGUUAGCUGAAAUAUUCCCUCCAAUAACGGGGUUUUAUAUGGUUGCAUACUGUGCAAGCACUAGACGAAUUGCUUUCGGGGGAAGAAAUGGUACUGUCGUUGUUCACGAGUUAAGAGCUUCCAAAGCACAAACACUGCAAGCGCAUCAAGAUGCAGUAACUUCGCUUUCCUUUUCCGAUGAUGGAAAGUAUUUGGCUACAUAUUCAGCUCAAGAAGCAAAACUUUCAUUCUGGCAGACAACGCAGACAUUUCUGGGGAUGGGGCAGAGCCAAAUGAAAUGUGUUCGUACUCAUCCAGCUCCGGCAGCAUUCCCUGUUAUUUCUCCCAAUGGCACAUCGCAACCGUUUAAAGCUCGACUGGUCUGGAUAAGUGGGAAGUCGUUAACACUGAUGCUUCCAAAUGGUAAAGAGAAUAAGUCAGGACAGAGCCUACUUUUCUUCAAAACCGCCCGACCAGGAAAUGCUGAACUACCUGUUAACAGUAAUACGAGAACGUUGCCUAGGAGCUGUAUGACAUUUGCAAUAAAUAUCAGUUUAUUGAGGGACAGACGGCAAAAAUCUGACAUAGUGAUAUUGAAAAAACUUCCAUUAGUGAACAGCAAAUGUACAAACACUAGUGAAGACAUCGAUGCUACCACUGAUGUGCACUAUGUGCAUUUUUGUAACGGCUGA